AUGGAACCUGGCAUAGGCUCAGGGGUAGCACCUGCAUCAUAUCACAACGAUUCGUAUACUGUUAAAGACAAGGACAAACUCUGCGCUGCAUUUCAUUUCUACUUUUUUGGUUGUGCAGAUGUAAUUGAGAAGCUUUUACACCACAAACCUGAACUUGCCACAGAAGUAGAUAAUUUCGACAGAAGUCCGUUGCACAUGGCUGCGUUGCUUCCAUAUCUCGAUAAUUUCCUUUACCCAAAGCUUUACAGGAAAAUUUUCCUAACUGGAAAGAUGCUUAUAAGAAAUGAUGGUGGGCUUUCUUGUUACAAAGUGGACCAGAACAAGCAGUCUGCACUUCACGUUGCAGUCAAAGAAGGGAACGCAGCUUUAGUGGAUGUGAUACUAUAUUACUGCAGGGACUGCCUAGAAAUGGUCGACAACGAUGGUAGAAUUGCUUUGCAUCUGGCCGUGAACAAUGCUGCUGAAAUAUUUCUCAGAAGUGGACGAUAUCGCCUGAAAUUUAUAAUAUGCUCGGUAACGUCAGAAAGAAUGAUAAAUUGCAUUGAUAAGAAAGGGCAAACGGCAUUAGAUAUUGCACUAGAGAAGCAGAAUGAUGACCCACAACUUUACAGGGCUAUUAUGGGAUAUUUAUGUCAACAUGGUGCUGUCAAGAAAAUAUUUGAUGAGGGCUCAACUUCAAGAACCACCCCAUCAACUAAAACCCUGAGGUGGAACUCGAAUCUCAUAUCUGUAAGUGCAGUCCUAAUUGCAACGGUUGCUUUCGCAGCUGCUUUCACUCUACCGGGAGGUACAGGCAACCAAGCACAGGGCCCACCAGCGCCUAUAUUGAUUAACACCAAUCUCUUCAAGCUUUUUGUGAUAUCUGACACGCUGGCUUUCUGUUUUUCCAUUGCUUCUGCUAUCCUCCUUAAUUUUGCAGGUUUUCGUAGCCAUGUAGAAGAUCCGAUCAUAACUCAGUUCAGUUUGGAAGCGUUAUGUAUAGCACUGGUAUCAUUAUCAAUAACAUUUGGCGCAGCAAUACAUCUGGUUGUGGCAUCAAAGUGUUUGUGGUUGGCUGUGCUUGUGUGGGUUAUGGUGUGCUUUCUUCCUUUAGGGAUAAGAGCAAUGGCACUACUUGGAAAAUUAUUCUUGUUCACUCCACGAGGCCACUAUGUAUUUUUCUUACUCAAUGGUUACCGUCUUGCCUGGAGUAUUUUAUUUCCCCUUAUUUGGGUAGUUUCGGUGGUAUUCUACUAUCCUAUUGUUCGCCUUUCAUUGAGUUGGGUUUUGAAGAAGCUCUAUGGGAUCAAAUCUUUGGAAGAAGUACGGUACAAUGGAGUCAGAUCUUUGGCAAAAGCUCCAAGGAAUAAUAGACGUAUAAGCUCUUUGGAAUUACGUUUUUGGCGUAUACUCUUUAGAUAUGUAUUAAGUCUAAAUGCGUAGAUAAAAUGUAUUUCUUGUAUUGUAUAAUGGAGGAUUAAAAAGUAGGUAUCUUCAAAAACAAAUUAUCUAGUAGAAGAUUCGUAAAUUAAGAUUUAGUUUAACCGUUUUUCAAUAGUUAUUUUGGGAUGAAGAUGGUAUUAUUAUAUGUGUUAUUUGGUUUAGUAAGCCUUUUACAAUAUGUAACAAGUGCC